GAAGUGUGAUUGCUAGAAAAACAUUAUUACAUAUUUAUAUCAUCCAAAAGAUACUAAGUUUUAUAAAAGCUGUUAAAACUUAAAGAGUGUCGGCACCCUGAUUGGCCAACUUCAACUUCAACUUCAAUUCUCUCUCAACAUCUUGCUGAUCACAUUUCAACACACCGUCACACUCACACUUCCAGAUCUUGCUAUUCGAAUUCAAUAUAAUCUCAUUCAGAUUGUGGAAACUGCAAUCAAUAACAGUUACCCUCAUAGAUCUACACACACAGGAUGGGGUUAAUGAGUUCAGAUGAUAGGGCUGUUGCUGUGAUCAUGGUCGGUGGUCCCACAAAAGGUACCCGGUUCAGGCCGUUGUCGCUGAAUAUUCCAAAGCCACUUUUCCCACUGGCAGGACAACCAAUGGUUCAUCAUCCAAUCUCUGCGUGUAAAAGGAUACCAAACUUAGCACAGAUCUAUCUCGUUGGUUUCUACGAGCAGCGUGAAUUCGCCUUAUAUGUAUCUUCCAUCUCUAACGAGUUAAAAGUGCCAGUCAAAUACUUGAAAGAGGACAAGCCACACGGGUCUGCUGGUGGUCUAUACAAAUUCAGAGAUCUGAUCAUGGAAGAUAAUCCGUCACACAUCUUCUUGCUAAACUGUGAUGUUUGCUGCAGUUUCCCAUUACCUGAGAUGCUCGAUGCUCAUAAAAGAUACGGUGGGAUGGGAACGAUCCUUGUAAUUAAGGUUUCCCCUGAAUCAGCAGACCAAUUUGGUGAGCUGGUAGCUGAUCCCGAUACCAACGAAUUGCUGCAUUAUACCGAGAAACCUGAAACUUUUGUUAGUGACCGAAUAAAUUGUGGUGUUUAUGUAUUUACACCAGAGAUUUUUACCGCCAUUCAAGGUGUUUCCGCACAGCGAAAAGAUAGAGCUAAUCUAAGACGUCUAUCAAGCUUCGAAGCCCUACAGUCGGAAUCAGCAACAAGGAGUCUUCCUGCUGAUUUUGUAAGAUUGGAUCAAGAUAUAUUAUCACCGUUUGCAGGAAAGAAGCAGUUGUACACAUAUGAAACUAUGGAUUUUUGGGAACAAAUAAAAACACCUGGAAUGUCCUUAAAAUGCUCUGGCUUGUAUCUUUCUCUAUUUCGGCACAUCUCGCCUCACCUUUUGAACCAAGGGGAUGGUACAAAGAGUGCCACCGUAAUUGGUGAUGUUUAUAUUCACCCGUCUGCAAAAGUUCAUCCAACUGCAAAGAUUGGUCCAAACGUAUCCAUAUCUGUGAAUGCACGUAUAGGAGCUGGCGCACGACUGAUCAAUUGUAUCAUUCUCGAUGAUGUUGAAAUCAAGGAAAACGCAGUGGUGAUUCAUUCGAUUCUUGGCUGGAAAUGUUCGAUUGGGCGGUGGUCACGUGUCCAGGCUGAAGGAGAUCACAAGGCAAAACUUGGAGUCACAAUUCUUGGUGAAGCUGUUAAUGUUGAAGAUGAAGUGGUGGUGAUUAACUGCAUUGUCCUUCCUAACAAGACUCUUAAUGUUAGUGUUCAACAAGAAAUUAUCUUAUAAGAAAGAAAGAUUCGACAUCAUUUCACAUGGUCGAAACCUUAAUCGCAUUUGUGGUCUCAUCUAUUCAUCUUGUUCAAACAAAUAAUGUACUGUCUCCAGGCUCCUUCUUCUCGUUCCCGCUUGUAAUAGCAUAAUGAAGUUAGUAUGGAGUUCUUAUUCUUUAUAUAGCGUGUAACUUUGAUCAUAAAGUGAGCGUUUGUAUUAUUUCGUAGAUCUUGCAUCUUGAAUCUUUGUUAGGAUCCCGACCUUUGUACUAACACAAAUAAUCCAUGUUUCGAUAUCAUUGAAUAUCAAAAGCAUUACGACCUCA